AUGGCCGCAUUCGUAAACUACUAUCAUAUACUACACAUAGAACGCAGCGCAACAACAGACCAAAUCCGCACCGCCUACAAAAAAGAGUCACUCCGCACCCAUCCAGACCGGCUCCCCCCCUCCUCCUCUCCGCAAGACAGGGCCUCCUCAACUCAAGCAUUCCAGGCUGUAGCCGACGCGUACUACGUCCUCUCCGACCCUGGGAGGAGGAGGGACUAUGAUGCACUGCUUGAUGCGCGUGCUCCUGCCGGGUGGGGAGAGGGCGCAAGUGCGAGUGCGAGCUUCUUUGAGCAAUUCGCAAGUGCGUUCGCUAGCGGGGCCUCUCACCCCCCUCCACCCGAAUCGACCACCACAAACGACUCCUCCCCCGAGCCAGAAGCGCCCCCCUCCUCCUGGUCCUCGCACCAGCCCGACCCUAACACCACAUUCAGCAACGUAUUUGCCGACCUCCUCACUCCAGAGAUCGCCCCCCACCUCCCGUACUGGACCUGGCUAGGCUCACUCUCCGGCGCAGGACUCGGCUAUAUCAUCGGAAACGUUCCCGGGCUCAUGCUGGGCGCGUAUGCGGGGAACAGGCUGGGCAAGGUUAGGGACGCGAAGGGGAAGAGCGUGGCAGAGGUGUUUGUCGCUUUGCCGGGAGCGAGGAAGGCUGAGAUACUGAAAGUGCUUGCGAUGAAGAUCUUGGGAUCGACGUUACAGUGAUCGGUGGCUUGGGCAGCUUCCUCGGUGCUGAGAUGUACUGUACGAAUAUUUUGAACUUGUACGAUGAUACCUUUGUAAAGUAGAU